CAAAGCCAUUCCCUCCGCUCCCCGCCACGUUGGUUCCCCCGCGCGGCGCGCGCGUGUCGCAUUCUCCUGCGCAGCACCCGCGUGAUGUUUGUGCCGAGGCGGGAAAUGGCGUCUGCAGACACGGUUCAUCUGUGACUGGUUCACCGAGCGACGGCCACAGCUGGCAGCAACAUCCACGGCUCCGCUUCUACCGGGGGGCCGCCACGGCCGCGGCCGAGAGCUGACAACGCUGCGGCGAGUUUUGAAGAGCUUCCUGGUGUCAUUGGUGUUUCUAUGUGACGUUGGGCCAUGAUGAGGCUGAGAGUGCGUAAAGCUCCUCAGCAGUCGAACCUGGGCCAGCGAGCCCACCUACCCCCGGCCAAACGAAAGCGGUGCGAGGUGGAACCGUCCCCGGUGCGAGGCCGAGGCAAAAUGCAGAAGAACGAAGCUGGCCUGUUCUCCACUAUAAAGAAGUUCAUCCGGGGAAAUGCCGUCAAGGUGGAGCAGGAUGUCCCCGCCAAAAGGAGUCGCAUCGAUCGCAAUUCGGACAGCGAUCUAAUUACUUCAACACCACAGACCAGAGGUCACGCCAACAAAGGUGUCUCUAGAGUUUGCCGGAAAAACCCAAACAAAGACACAGUGACCUGCAAUAGUAAACCAAUGAAACCCAACGGUAAACUGGAAGCUCCCGUCGACUCAGGAAGCAGUCCGUCACGCACCACUCUGCUCGGCACAAUCUUCUCCCCAGUCUUCAACUUUUUCUCACCAGCAACAAAAACUGCCACUCCUGGCUCGGACUCUCCCGGGCAAGCAAUAGAAGCAGAGGAAAUCAUGAAGCAGCUGGACAUUGAGCAAGCAGAAGAGAUGCCGAGCAGCACUCUAACAUCCACAGAGGGCAUAACGCCGUGCCACCCCGCCCCCAUGCUGCCACAGCGGCUUCAGAUAACUCCAGAUACAUCCAUAGAAGAGGGAGAGAUCAUCACUGAGAGUGACAUGCCCCCGUUGACAGCUCCCGGGUGCAUGCCAGACGGCAGCUAUCCUCACUCCCUACCCUCCGCUCCUGCAGAAACCUCAUAUGACGAAGACUGGGAAGUUUUUGAUCCAUACUUCUUCAUCAAGCACGUGCCUCCGCUGACCGAAGAGCAGUUAACACGCAAACCAGCGUUACCUCUGAAAACACGCAGCACCCCGGAGUUUUCUCUCGUCUUGGACCUUGAUGAAACUCUGGUGCACUGCAGUUUGAACGAGUUAGAAGAUGCAGCUCUGACAUUCCCCGUCCUCUUUCAGGACGUUAUAUACCAGGUGUACGUCCGGCUGAGGCCGUUUUUCCGAGAGUUUCUAGAACGCAUGUCGCAGAUGUAUGAGAUUAUUCUGUUCACGGCUUCAAAGAAAGUUUACGCCGACAAGUUGCUCAACAUCCUGGAUCCGAAAAAACAGCUAGUAAGACAUAGGUUAUUUCGGGAGCACUGUGUGUGUGUUCAAGGAAAUUAUAUUAAAGAUCUGAACAUCCUCGGGCGCGAUCUGUCCAAGACGAUAAUCAUCGACAACUCACCCCAGGCCUUCGCUUAUCAGCUUUCCAAUGGAAUCCCUAUUGAGAGCUGGUUUGUAGACCGGAACGACAACGAGCUUCUGAAGCUUGUUCCUUUUCUGGAGAAGCUGGUGGAGCUGAACGAAGACGUCCGGCCGCACAUCCGAGAGCGCUUUCGUUUGCACGACCUCCUUCCUCCAGACUGAGCAGCUCCUCGUCCUUCCUUCUUCCUUCAGCUGAAGACUGAACCCACAACUGGGAGAGAGGAAAAUGAAGGAUAUAUUCAGUAGGUUUUUUUUUCUUUGCAGAAAAACAUUACCAUUGGUAUAUAUUUUUUUUAAAUCAUGCAAAAACAUUUUGAGUCCAGAAGGUUUUUUUUUUUUUUGUUCUUCUCCUUCUUCUUCUUUUUAAUCCCACUCCGAGAGACGUAGAACAAACGGAGUUGCCGACCGCCGCAGGCUCCUCCCCCCCCCUCGCCCUCUGCUUGCUUGUUUCGUGUGUGACCUUGAAGACGACCUCCUGGGCCGUAUUUUGUCUUUUUAAAAAACCAAUUUUUGGUUGACAAAGCUGAAUGUGAUGCAGUGUUGGAUUCUAUGGACCUGACCUGGAACGGCCAGCCGAACCUGUAAAAUAUUCAAUCUAUAAACCUGUAAAUAUCUGUACAUAAAUGUUUUUUUUUUCUUCUUCUUCUUCUUAUUCAAGGUUUUUAAGUCGUUUUGUUUUCACUUCCAAUUUGAGUGUAUUCUUUGAUUCAGUUGCUUUUCUAUAAAAAAAAAAGAGACAGAAAAGACAAUGUUUUUGUGGUUUGUUUGAAGUUGUUAAGCCGCUGCUUUUCUGUUGUAUGCCUGCAUUAUUCCUGUGACGCUUUACUCCAUUACAUGCAGUUGUCUGUAAUAAGGUGCAGUCUUUUCGAAGAGAAAAAAGAAAAAAAAAAACACGACUUUGAGAGGCAAAUGUUUCCGAAAUGACAUUUUAAAGCUGUAUAAUGUAAGCUAGGAUGAAGU